UGGAGCAGAGACUCAUCCAAACAUGAAGGAAGGUGCACCCUGAGGGAUUGAGGACUGAUCAAAGCCAUUCCACUGUGGCUCUGGUGGGUUGUUUAGGGUCAGAGUCCUGCUGGAAGCUGAACAUCCACCUUAUGUGUUCAGGGUGUUGUGCAGUGUUAUUUCUCCACACAUUUUACAAGUGGGCCAAAAAGUAACAUUUUGCAUCAUUUGACCAGAGCACCUUCUUCCAAACAGCUUGCUUCAAACUUUGAACAGUUUGUGAUAAGCCGUCACUGAUUUAGUUAUGGCUUUCUGUUAAAGACUUUCUUUUUGCUGCUCUUCCAUAAAGACCCGGGGCCCAUAUUUUAAAGAUUCUCUGUCCUCUCAGAAGAGCUGCUAACUUGGCCAGAAAAUUCCUGCCAGGGAGUCUGAUCUUCCGAAUGAUUCAGGUUGCUGCUGAGAGCAACUCUAAGCGAGGAGACGACAGAAAUUACUAUCUUGAUGGGGUAUUUCGCUCUGCAACAUGCUGCCUUGGGACUGAGCGUGUCCAGGCUCUCAGGCGUUGAAUGAAGCAUCUUCCAGGGAGACAAGAGGACCAGCGGCAGCUAGAGAAGUGAGCAGUGGGGCCGAAAUCUCGCCUGCUGUGGCAGAGUCUCAGACUCUGUGUAAAUCAUCCUCAUGCCACUUGUAAAUAAUAAAGUUGGUGAUGAUUGCACAGCGAGCAACGACAAGGCUUUGGCUGAUGGAAAGGGUUUGGUGGAUUCUUUGAUAAAGGUUGUGGCUUGUUACCGGCAUUUAGCCUCGUGCGUUGGUGGGUGCACAGACUCCCUGCAGCUCCGCGAUGAGCUGCGUCAAACAAGAGAAAAAUCCCAAAAGUUGGCUGAGGACAUCUGCCAUCACCUGACCUCACAUCUCCGGGACAAGAGCCUGCCUGAGGGACAGCGGAAGGAGAUGGAGCUCCUCUGGGUGGCCUUCUCCUCCUGUCUAGAGCUCCUACACAUCGACAUGUGCAAAGUUUUAAACAUGAGCAGCAUUUUCUCACUAGCUGACACUGCGUCACUUGUGCACACUGGCCUAGAAGGUGGAUGCAGUGAGGUAGCGGCUCGGGCUCUAAGUUUGCCAGACCUAAACCAGGCUCAGACACAAACUAUCCCUGCCGGCCUUGAGAGCCAGGAACGCAGCACCAUGGAGCUAGAGAUUGAUCAAAUCAACCGCAUGAUUGAUGACAUGGAGUUGAAAGUCAACGUGCUGCGCUGGAUGGUGGAGUCCCAUGGGCCGCAGUAUGCAGACCCGCUCAGCAGCACAGACAGCGCCUCCAUGGCUCUGCUUUCUAUAGACGAGGAGCAACAGGCCCCCAGAUCUCAGCCUCUAUGCCAGCGGAGCCACAUAUUUGUGCUCUUACUGCUGUUUGGUGUUAUUUUUGUAGCAGCCACUUUAUCUCUCUGUAUUUUUCUUUUCUCAUGAGCACAACCUUAAUGAAUUCAACUAAUUCAUCUUUUUCUGUAAAACAUUCUCAGUAAGACUGUAAAACAGAAAGGUUUGCAUGUACAGUAGUUUUGCCUUUGCAUUUAUUUAUUUUCUGAAAGCGACAAAGUUACUCAUUAGCACCAGACCUAAUCUGGAUGCAAGCUAGUAUUCGUUUCUGUGUAGUAAAUUUAAAUGUGUCAUAUGCUUUUCAUAUUUAAAGUAGCUAUAUAAGCACACAUCUUCUAGUUAGGAUUUGUUUUAUAUACUGAAAUUAAUCUAGACCCGAUGAGUGGUGCAUUCCCCUUUUAUACUCUGCUGAUUAUAUUUAUGAGAUCCAAGUUGGAAAAAAAAAAUCAACUGGAACGCCUCCUGAAGUCGAAUAUCCCUGAACAACCGUGACCUUAGCAUCCGAUAUGGCUGCUCAUAGUUAAAGUAAACAAAUUAUUUGCAGUUCGGACGACAUAACACUGUAAUAUGUUUGUGAAAAUGUUCCUCUAGUGUUUGAAUGAAAUGCUUUAUUAGCUUGCGUGGCUAAUAACUGUUAGCCUGGUUUCUAAAGCUGCAUUCUAUUUGUUCUCAAGUGGCAUUUUCUGGAUUACUAGUUGAAAAUACAUCAAGAAUUUCUAUAAAGUCUGAAUUGAUGUGUCACUAACAAUUCAAAAUACAACAUGGCUGCUAGGGAUGCAUGAAUUUGUGAACAUUGCAGAUAAAAACAAGCUGUUGAUGAGAACUUUUGACAGUUUAUGUCUCAUUAAACCUUUGGUACACAUAGAACUGUAAAAAGUCUUUUUUCUGAACAUUGUUGCCAGCUCAUGUUGCUGCUAGUAGUUGGUACCAAACCAAUGAGCAAGCUUCACUGGUUUUCCAACUUGCAACCAGAACACACUGAACUUGGGUGUAGCAUCACUCUCAGGUCGAGCUCUGGCUCUCGACACAAACUGAACACAUCAUAGGCAUAGCAACCUAUCACACAGAUUUUUACAGUACAUUUGACUGCGACUUCAUUCCCAGAUCAAAUUUCUUAUUUUCAGUGGAAUUGGACCACAGGAUUAGUUUUACAAAGAAAGAAAGAAAGAAAGAAAGAAAGAAAGAAAGAAUAUUCUGAACAUCCUGCUUGGUUUGUGAUACAUGAAAGAAAUACAAAAAGUUAGAAAGACAGUUAUAUUUUCUUGUUGCCAAUGUAAGAACAUAGGUGUUUAUGCUUGGUAGAGGAUGUAAUAGAUUUAUUAUCUAUUUUGUAUACGAUAUGAACUCUGAAGGAUCAUGAUAUAAAUACAUUUACUGUGAAUUAUAACACUAUCAGGUUUGACAAAACUCUUUAGAUCUUGUUCUAACCAAUUUCAUUAAAAAGUACUCUAAUUUAAAUUG